CUCUUCCUCUCAGAGCCAGGCUGCUGCUGCUGCUUCAGUGCUUCCCCUCGCCAUCUGAAGCAUCUCCAUUCACGUGCGCCUCCAGAUCUUGGCGUGCUCAAGCCAUCACCGCAUCCAACAACUGCUGUCGCACUUGCUCCCGUCGCCUUUCGCUAGGCAUUCAAGUCUCUGAGCACAUAGCGCUUCUCUGCUUUGUGCAAAAUCAUCCCAGAACACAUGUCUGGCCUUGAAAAUUCGCUCUUCCAGCUCAAGUUGACCGCGAAACAGCUGAAAUCGCAGUCAGCCAAGUCAGCCAAGCAGCAGAAACUGGAGACGACGCAAGUGAGUAAAGCCAUCAAGGCUGGUAAUAAUGAUAUUGCGCGUAUACAUGCAGAAAAUGCCAUUCGGAAAGGUCAAGAACAGCUAAAUUUGCUGCGUCUCUCAGCGCGCAUCGAUGCCGUCGCGUCGCGCGUUCAAACAGCAGUGACGAUGCGGGCAGUUACGAAGAAUAUGGGUCAAGUAGUGAAGGGUAUGGAUCGCGCAAUGCAAUCGAUGAAUAUGGAGCAGAUUUCACUUGUGAUGGACAAGUUUGAGCAGCAAUUCGAGGAUCUCGAUGUACAGGCAGGCUAUAUGGAGGGUGCAAUGAACGGCUCUACUGCGACAUCGAUGCCGACAGAGGAGGUAGAUGCGCUCAUGAGCAAGGUUGCAGAUGAAGCGGGCUUGGAGCUGACGCAAGACAUGGCUGCGCAACAAGCGCCCAAGAGCAAAGUGGCAGAGGCAGAAGAGGAUAGGCUGCACGAAAAGCUCAAAGCAUUACGUUCAUAGCAUUCAUCAGCGAAGACUCGCAAUAGGGCCAAAUAUCACUGUGCUGGUCGUGACGUCAAUGUUGAGCGACAGGUAUAUUUGACUUGUUUUC